AUGCUGAUCCUGAGGUGCUCAGCCCAGCUGCAGCUCCUGGAGGAGACCCUGCGGAAGAGCCUGCCCACCACCCUGCCGGUCCUGGGGACUGUGAUGACGGUGGCCAGGGGGAACCCAGCCUCCCACGAGGUGCUGGUGGACUCCUGGCCCCAUUUCAGCAUUGUCCUGACCCGCCUGCGCCCAGAGGAACACAGGGACCCCAGGGACUACUACACCAACCAGCUCUCUGUGUUCUAUCGGGACAAGGGAGCCCUGCAAGCACUGCUGGAGGGCACUGAGGCGGUGACCCGGGAAAGAGCCUUCCAGAUUCUGGGGAUGCAGGAUGAGCUGGACGAGGCUGUGCAGGAGGUGGCCAGUGCCAGGGGACUGAAGGUGGAGACAAUCCGGUACAGGGCACUGAUGAGCCCCAAGCCCCCCCAACCCCGCAGGCAGAUGCCCCCAGGCCUGCGCCUGGCACCCGUGUCCCCAUCCCACGUCCCUCUGCUCAACGCCACGUGGGCCCUGGGGGGCAAUGCCCGCAGCCGGGCGUUCCUGCUGGGGCUGGUGCGGACGCUGCCCUCCGCCUGCCUGCUGGACCCGCGCGGUCGCCCGGUGUCCUGGAGCCUGCUGGACGGGCAGGGCUGCAUGCGCCACGGCUACACCGUGCCCGCCUGGCGAGGGCAAGGCCUCACCGGGCUCGCGGUGGCCGUGCUGGGCCGGGAGCUGUAUGCCCGAGGCUUCCCCAUCUACGGAGCCGUGCUGCCCCACAACACGCCCUCGCUGCGCUGCCUGCAAGCCAUCGGCUUCGUGCCCCAGCCCGGAACCUUCUACAUGAUCCUAGGCACCCCGAAAUAG